ACCCUGUCCAGCCAGCUUUAAGCAUUCAGCAUUCACAGAACCUUCAGGGCACCCCUUCCUGGUGACCACAACUUGCCAUCCUUUUUGUGGUCUCUUGGGUCAUGCUGUUUGUUCUGGAUCUCUGGUGUGGAUAGCCUGGGUGGGGAAGGCCUGUUUAUCACAUCCUACCUACACUUGGCCCCUUCUGCAGGUUGCCUGCUGCUCUGCAAGCUUUCUGUCCUCCUGGGUGGUAACAGCGAGCCUGUGGAUGGGGAUUGGUUUCAGACAUCAAAGGUGACCAGGUGACAAGCUUUUCAAAGGCUGUGGCCCUGCAUCCCCAGACCCUCCUAAACUCUGGGUGGGUCUUUCAGCCUUUGCAGAGAAGCAAAGGAGCACAGCCUGAAUGUCCUGCCUUCCGUGUCCCUGUGGGGACCCACAGGCGCUGCCUUGUCACUCAGCUGGUGGGGCUAUGGGUCUGGGUGAGAGGUCUUCCUUCUCCCGCCUUGAGUUUUGCGCCACAUUCCCGUGGGCUGCUGUAGGAGCGCCUUGCCUGGGAUCUCUCACUUGUCCCUCUCCACUCCUGCGCGGCUCUGUCCCCCGCCCGCGCCCAGCGUGGCGCGCCCCCUCUCUGAGCGCGGGCGGGCGCUGAACAGUGUCGCCGACCGCCUGCAGGUGUCUCCCCACGGAGGGGCGCGCGUCCCUGCGCCGUGGCCGCUGCCAGGCGCCAGCCGCUGCUCGCCGAGGCGCACUCGCGCUCCGGGCUCCGGACGCGCUGGUCCGCUCCACUCCGCAGCCCCGACCGCCCUGCGUCCCCGUCGUCCCGCGUCUCCGCCGGGGGCCAUGGGCCCGCGCCGCGAGCGCCAUCGCCGACCGCAGGCACCCGAACCCCGGGGCGGCCGCUGACGCGGGCGCCGCUGCCAACUUCGCACGGAGCUGCGGGCGGCGCGGGAGGCAUGAAGACGAGCCGCCGCGGCCGAGCGCUCCUGGCCGUGGCCUUGAACCUGCUGGCGCUGCUCUUCGCCACUACCGCCUUCCUCACCACGCACUGGUGCCAGGGCACGCAGCGGGUGCCCAAGCCGGGCUGCGGCCAGGGCGGCGGCGCCAACUGCCCCAACUCGGGUGCCAACGCCACGGUCAACAGCACGGCUGCCCCCGCCGCUGCCGCGGCUAGCCCGGCCGGCGCGCCCUACAGCUGGGAGGCGGGCGACGAGCGCUUCCAGCUGCGCCGCUUCCACACCGGCAUCUGGUACUCGUGUGAGGAGCAGCUCGGUGGCCCCGGUGAGACAUGCCGCAGCUUCAUUGACCUGGCCCCAGCCUCAGAGAAAGGGGUGCUGUGGCUGUCGGUGGUCUCCGAGGUGCUCUACAUCCUUCUGCUGGUGGUCGGCUUCAGCCUCAUGUGUCUUGAGCUCCUCCACUCCAGCAGCGUCAUAGACGGACUCAAGCUCAACGCCUUCGCUGCCGUCUUCACGGUGCUCUCAGGCCUCCUGGGAAUGGUCGCGCACAUGAUGUACACACAGGUGUUCCAGGUCACCGUGAGCCUCGGCCCUGAAGACUGGAGACCUCAUUCCUGGGACUAUGGGUGGUCUUUCUGCUUGGCCUGGGGUUCGUUUACCUGCUGCAUGGCGGCGUCUGUCACUACGCUCAACUCCUACACCAAGACAGUCAUUGAGUUCCGGCACAAGCGCAAGGUCUUUGAGCAGGGUUACCGGGAGGAGCCGACCUUCAUAGACCCCGAGGCCAUCAAGUACUUCCGGGAGAGGAUUGAGAAGGGGGAUGUGAGUGAAGAGGAAGACUUCCGUCUCGCCUGCCGCCAUGAGAGAUACCCCACCCGGCACCAGCCACACAUGGGAGACUCCUGGCCACGGAGCUCAGCUCAUGAGGCGGCAGAGCUAAACCGUCAGUGCUGGGUCCUGGGGCACUGGGUGUGAUGUGACCCCAGCCAGCCCCUGCCUUCCUGCCAUCACUGGCACCACCCCUCCCACAGGACAUGGAAGCCUGGUCUGUGUGCUGUGGACUCAGCUCUCCUGUCCCGGAGACACCAGGCCUAGACUGCCACCGCUGCCUGGGUCUUGGGGCCCCAGAGACAGGUCAGGCAGGCCUGAGGGACUGUCCAGGCUGCACAGAGACUUGGAGACAGCAGCCACCACCACACUUAAGAGCCCCACCCAGCUGGGAAGUCAGGAAGGACACGGGCAUUGACCACUGAAUGCUGGAUACCCACAGUCAGACACAAAGCCAAGCAGGUGCCCAAAGGGGCAGGGUCCUGUGGGGACACGGAGCAGGGCUUAUUGAAGGGGAGGCAGUGGCUGCCUCUGUGGGGGGGUCAUACAGCAGGCACACACCUGGGGCUCAAUAAAUGCUUGUUGAACCUGUUCUCUUGCUAUGUGUGGGCUGGCUUCCCCAUCAUUAUCCUGCCCUGGAGGUGUGAGGCCUGGCCACCAAGGUCAGGGUCAACCAUCCAUCAAUGAGCAAGAGUCCAGCCUGGCCUGGGGGAGGUCAGGAUGGAGACAGGUGGGCAGAGCUGCCAGGGUCCUGAGCAUGGCAGGAGGAACAGACUAGGAGCUGGAGGAAGCACUGUGUUCGGGAACCUCAGCAAUGUGACACCACCCUGACCCUGGGGACCCUUUACCCUGUGUCUAGGGCCACUUGACAUAAAACUUCUGACUCAGCUGCCAGAGGAAAAAUAAUUUCUGUCUUGACCAUGAGAGCUUGGGGUCCAGAGAGGGAAGUUUCUUGCUUGAGAUUAGAGCUGUCAUGUGGGAGAGUGAAUGUAAACCACACUCAGUCCUGGUUAAAUCUCCCAAGAGGCCUCAUCCUGCCCUGAAGGAUUUCUAGAGAUUGACAGAGCAAGGCAGAAUGUGGUCUUCUUCAUUCAUCCACCUGUUACCCAUCCACCCACUACCCAUCCGUUUAGCCAACAUUCACUCACCAUCAUCUACCCACCCACCCUCUCAUCUAUCCACCCACUCAUCUAUCCACCCACUCAUCUGUCCAUCCACUCAUCCAUACAUGAUUCUUCAGUUCAUCAUCCAGUCACCCGUCAUCCAUCUAUCAUUUACCCACCACCCAUCCAUGGAUCAUAACCCAUUUAGCCAACAUCCAUCCUAUCCACCAUAUAUUCAGGAUUCAUCCAUCCACUCAUUCAUCCAUUUAGCAGCAUGUAUCUACUCAUCACCUAUCCAACCAUCCAUCCUACUCACCCAUCUAGCAUCCAUCCAUCUGCCCAUCCAUCCACUAACCAUGAAUACAUCAUCCAUAUAUCUGUCUUCAAUUAUCCAUUCACCCAUGAUUCAACCAUCCAUUAUCCAUCAUUGCCAUUUCUCUUGUCAAUUAUCCACUAAUUCGUUGGCCAUCUUCAUCAUCUAGCUAUGCAUCCAUCCAUCUGUCUGCAAACAGGUGUCUUCUAUUGUACUCCUACUGUGUGCCGCACACUGUGGUAGGCCCUUGAGAUGGGACGCUGAAGCUUCCAGAGAAGUAGACAAGUAAAGAAAUGGGAGAUGACAGUUCAGUGCAUGCAUGCUGGGUGUGGUACCUGCCCUGGAGUCAGACUGCCUAGCAUCGGGUCCUGUCUCCUCAGCCCCCGUGGCCUUAUCCUGCAGAUGAGAGUCUUCACUGUAUCUACCUCUUACAGCUGCUGGAGGGCGACACAGACUGGUGCCUGUGAGCACAGGGGGGCAGAGUCUGGAUCACAGGAAGCACCCUGACAUCAUGUCAACAAGGGGAGUUGGGGCUAUGGGGCUGAGGCAGCGCCUGUUGGAGACCACCUGAAGGGUAGGUGAUCAAGGAAAUGACACCCAAGGCAUCUUGCUGGUGUCGGGUUGUAGAGGGAAGCACAGGACAUGAGAGGGCUUUCAAAUGGUCCAAACGACAAGCGUGAAGGAAAAGGAGGGCUGUGAGGGUAGAACCUGGCAGGAGAGAGGACUCAAAGCUUCACAAGGGACCCAUAGCUUAUCCCGGGACAGCUGGGUGCUCUGUGCAGAGUGGGACUGGCCAAGAUGUGUAGUCUAGGAAGUCACCCCAGCUCUGGGCUAGAGCAGAUGACUAAGGCAGGACUCCCGUGUCCUUGCAGGGCCCUGAGUGAGAGGAGAGUGCUGUGGCUGAGGAAAGAGGCUUGUGGAGAGUCAGGUAGCCAACUCAGGGGCCAAGAGGAGGGACUGGCAUGGGAUGAGGAUGCAGGAAAAAGGGAUUUGAGCUUCAGGUCUCUGUCCUAUGUCAGGCUGGGCACCUGGGGGUGAAGAGUGGACCCCACACUUCUGUGUACAUGCAUGUCUGUGCUGUUACUCUGAGAGCACCUCUCUUCGACUUUGCAUUCAUACAGUUGGUAUGGGGGGCUGUGGCAGAGACGAAGUUGGCCUGGGCAGACUCCUACACAGCUAUGAAGGCCCCAGAAGGCUAGCACAGGGAGCUGCGGCAUUGGCCUUGUGCAAGUGGGAGCCACUGUGAUGGGUCCCGAGCAAGGUCAUUGGUCUGGAAUCUGGGCCCACCACCAGGAACUUUGUUGGUCUUGAUGGUCAUCCAGGGCUUUGUGAAGUUGGUCAUGGGCCCAAGGAGGCCCAGGAAAUGAUUUUAGUUGCAAAUCUGUCAUCUAUUUUAAUAGCUGUGUUUAUGUAAAUGUGUAUUAGAAAACUGUACGGGCGUGUCCACACACGUGUCAAGCAUUGCAGCUUAGAAUGAACCACAAUAGGCAUUUCAGUAAAAAAAAGUUGGCUUAAAGAAAAAUACUAAAUAAAUAAUCAUGCAAGUGG